CGAAGUUUUUCUCAAACGGAUUUUUAUUAUAAGAGAAACCACUCAGAGUAUCCGUAAGAGUGAAUCUUCGUGUUACAUUAUACGGUUUCUCAGGCUGAAAAACAUUAAUAUGCCACUGUCUCCGUGGAUUAUGUCACGGAGGAAGUAUCCUGCACAGGAAUCGACCCCGGUGAGCGCCGAGCUCCUUCUUCCUCGGGAGGGCUCCGGGGUGAAUCAGUCCUUUGUGCUGGGCACUCUCAGGGUCAACCACUUUCGGUGCGGUAUAUGCCUCGGACGGUCUGUAUGUACACUCGCAAACACACUCGCUAGUCCCGAGCGUGCCUAUAGGGUAUCCUGAAAGUCGCCGGCGUAGCGAACAGUCAAGUACCACUGUGCUAGCUAGGUAUUUUCAGAUUGACUCACCGCUUCUUCUUCGACUCGCCGCAUCCUCGCGAAAGAGUGAGAUAAGAUUUAAUCCGUGUAACCAGAAUUCGUGUUUUUCUUUCCCUUUUUUUUUGCAGUAUCAACAUCGCACACGUAAUACGAGAGGAAUUUUCAGAAUAUUUAUUUCUACGCGCGCAAAAGAAUAAAUAUCGCUUAUCUCGAAAGAAAUAUCUAAUAAAUCAAACAACAGAGCUAAGAGACUUUUAAUCUUUUCUCUGUUUAAUUAAGAAACUAAUUAAAUAAAAAAUAUGAAACUCGCGGUUCUUUUUUUUGUUAAAAAAGAAUAGCGUUAGGAUGCCGGACUUGUUUAUUCUUCGGGUUCGUUGUCUACUUUAUUUUCUGUAAAUAGAUUGGACUUAUGAAUUAUAUAACAACGCAAUACACAUAUCCAAUCGCAUAACCACCUGUAACUAUAUUCAAUAACGACGGAAAAAGAUCUCGAGAAAGCACCAACACUCGUUGCGUUAAGAGUUCAUUAGAGCACGAGCAUUUAUUGGUUUCUUAAACAUUUAAAGAGAUUUAUUUCAUUAAAGUGGGUACUUCGAGAGAAACAACGAUGUUUUCCAUAUUGUCGAGCCUGAUGGUUGGAAGGAGUUAAACGCCGUGUUGUUCCUUUUUCUCUGGUGGCGAAUCUCGAAGUUUAUUGGCUCGACGCCGUUCAAAGUCGAAAAAAUAAACCAAAUAGACUGCCGUGUGAGAGACCAAGAAUGGAGGGAGAUUCGCAGGAAACGCUCAGAGGAGGUGUUUGUGUGCGUGUGUGUGUGAGAGAGAGAGAGAGAGAAAGAGAGAGAGAACCGUGGCGGACUAUUGCGAAUAUUCGUCUUUGCCGGUGGCAGAGGAUGUUUCUCACGAAAUUUCUCAUCGCGAUUCGCGAGCGAGCCUCUAAUUCGCUGCUGAUUCACUCGUGACAUCUCGCAACGCGAGCGAAACAAUCGCGGGCGAUGCGAUCAGACCGCAAACAUCUUCCUUCUCUUUUAGCGGCCUCUCGCCGCGAUUGAGUCAGCGUUAAGAGGGUAAUUGAUUUUUGCGUUCGGCGAACAGGUUCGAUAAAUCGUUCCGCGAGGAUAUCGAUAGGAUAGACGCCGGCGGGACGUCUCUUUCUCUCACGGUUCUCGGAUCUCCUUCGCUCAUCUCGUGCGAGAAACUAACAAGUCAGCCUCUGACCGCUGACGUCACCGGCGUCGAUCCACGUCGACGAUGGACCAUUUCGCAGCCGACAGCCGUACCUCUAAAAUUGAGUGUCUAAAUAAAACUAAAUUUAAGCAGACUUAUUCGAUAAUUAUCGUAAUCUGGUUGCAACCUUGGCGGGAAGUGCCAAGGAAAGAGUUGAAUAAAUUUCGGCUUCGAAAGACCGACCGUGAAUUGAAAGUCAAAUUAAUUUUUUAUGCGCAUGUCGAAUGGGUGUCGAAAUACGCGAGCGCUCAAAUAACGUGUUAACAAAUUUAUUGCAUCUUUUAACUUUACGUAACAUCCAUUUAAUGAAGGGAAUAAUCUAAUAAUUGUAAAAAAAAUUGUAGUAAGUACUGCACUGUAAUAAUUGAAGCGAUUCAAUGACGAAUCUGACGAUGGGCAAUUUCGAUGAUUUGAUUACAGAAACGAGACGCAUGACAGACGGGCGGUUAUCAGGUGAGGGUUCAGCAGCUUUCGGCGACGCGAUCGAGAGAUGUCGGAUGCCGCCGGCACGGAUAAUCCGGCGUUCGCCAACGAGGAUGAGUGCGUCAGUGGUUCCAAGUUGGAGAACGGCGGCCAGCAGCAGGCGGCCUUGAACCAGGAUCGCAAGUCCUCGGCGGACGGCGCGCCGGUAGAAAAUGGCCAUCAGCGAUCCUUCAUCUCCCAGCACUACGUCGAGCCCAUUAAGCCAAGCUCGGAGCCAUGUUAUAAAACGGAAACGAGAAUCGAGGUGCCGACCGAUAACACGGAGAAGAGCGUGCCGGAGCCGAAGCUGAACGGCGUCCACGGGAAUGGCAAUAACAAUGACGCGAGUUUUCUCAACAACAGUGCUACGAGCGUGCAGAUCAACGAGUCUGGAAAGAAGGAGCAGAUCGAGGCCGUAAACCUGGAACUGGUCUCGAUGAGGCCGUACACGGGCAACAAUAUUCAAACGAAAAGUCAGGAAGCCUGCGAGGUACCAGCUGAUCCUUACGAAGAGUACUUCGUGCCAGUUAACGAGCAUCGAAAGUACAUCAGGGGCGAGAAACUUUACGUCACAAAAGACAAAAGGUCCAGAAAUUCGUAUUGGAGAAGAAUGGUCUGGGGAUGCGGGCUGUUGGCUGUAGUGAUCACUGCCGUGAUUAUCUCUAUUUUGGCCGCAACUGGCGUAUUUCCAAUACAAACAGCUACGGAACCUUUGGAGAAUGUGGAAGAGAGUAACACUCGUCCAUUUAACGACGAAGUGCAUACAGCUGGAAGUAAAGAAUAUGUAAAAGAUCCGCCAUUAAGUUCACCGCCUUUAACCUCGACUUUCCCACCGUGGCCUACAACUGACGAAACGCUAUUCGAGAUUGUACCAGAUGCCUUAGAUGGAACUUUGAGACUAGACGACUUCAAUUGGAAUGACGAUUUCAGCGAUAUAAAAUCGCGAGUAUAUAGACAAAUAAGUGCCGAAAUAGAAGAACAUCUAGGGAAAAUUCUUCGACAAGCGGGCAGCGCGUCUAUAAUCAAAGUAUACGAUAUAAAUAAGGAAGGCGAAAUAAGAUUUAGAAUAAGUCAUCCACCUCGGAAUGUUCCUGAAGAGAGUCAGGAAUACAUCGAGGAUGUAUUACGAAAAAAUGAAAACAUGAUCGGACAAUAUCAUUUAAACAGACUUCACGUAGGAAAGCUUAUCAACCAAUGUGAAUAUCUCGAAUGCACCGGAAAUUGUAAAUAUGAUUACUCCACUGGUAUAUUUGCAUGUACCUGCAAUUCAGGAGAAAUGUUGCAUCAUGACGGCAAAACUUGUGUAGAUGAUUUGAGUAAUAUCGAAAUGGACGACGUAAUUUCACAAUCUAGCACAGAAUCAAUUAAUGAUUUUCAGGGUAGAAGCAGAGAUCCAGACUUCGAACCUAGGCAUCCCAAUAUUUGGGAAAAUACAGACUUCAAGACAGAUUUAGCAGAAACGGAUUUAUCGAAGUCUAAAACAGAACAUGAUAAUCCUGAACAAUCUAAGCACACAUCAGACCAACAACCCAAAUUUACACCAACGACGGAGCAUAUUUUUGAAAAUGAAAAUCCUCAUUGGAAUCAUGAACAUUCAAUAGAGAUCACAACUGAAACAAAGCCUUCUAUUAAACCAUUAUUUACUAUUGAAUCAGAGACUUCUGCUGAACCAGAACCCAGUGCUGAACCAGAAUCUACCGCUGAACCAAAACCUGCUGCUGAAUCAGAACCUGCUGCCGAACCAGAGCCUGCUGCCGAACCAGAGCCUGCUGCCGAACCAGAGCCUGCUGCCGAACCAGAGCCUGCUGCCGAACCAGAGCCUGCUGCCGAACCAGAGCCUGCUGCUGAACCAGAAGUUACUGCCGAACCAAAACCUACUAUUUUACCAGAAAUUACUACUCAACUAGAGUUUAUUAAACCGGAGCCUACAGUUGUAUUAAAACCUACUGCCGAACCAAGUCCUACUUCUGAACCAGAACCUACUAUAAAAUCAGAAAUUGCUUCUGAAGUCGGAUCUAUUAUUGAAGCAGAAAUUACUAAAAAAGAACUUACAAAAUCAAUAUCUGUCACAGAAUCAGCAAUAAUUACCGAUGAAACAGACAAUAAGUCAAAAAUAGAGUCGCAUUAUUUGAUAACAACAGAACCAUAUGUAAAAUCGAAAACUGAAAUAUUCGAUCAGUCUGAAUUUCCUAUUAAACCGAUAUCUCAUUACGAUUCAUCUGCUGAGUCUUCUACACAGAUAUCACUUUCAGAUAAUGUUAAUGCGACUGAUGUGCCCAAAUCUCUUAUCGAUUUAAUUGAUAAAAAUAACAAUUCCAAAAAUGACGAAACUCUGAUUCCAACUGUAAAGCCAAAUAAAAAUUCAAUAAAUGAUGUGCCCUUACAAGUAAUACCUUUAACAUCUAAAAAUAUGUCUAUGGGUAUCAAUGAUAAUAUGGAAAUUAAAACGGAAAUAACGACAAUGCGAUCUUAUACCAUCAAAGAUAAUAAUAUUACUGAGAGUACAAUUAUCGAGACCGAUUUUACUACUGUGAAUUAUGGAGAUUUAAGACAGAAUGGUGAUGUAAAUAUUACAUCAGUCAAACCUGAGAAUCGCGAGAAAUCAGUCAUGGAGCAAUUUACACAAAAUCCUAAUCUUCAAAAAGAUGAGGAAAGUGACUCUACCACAGAAAUGAAUUCGAAUAAUAACCAGAAUGAGAAUUCUCCGAACGACGAACGUUUAAUAACAAAGCAAAAAUCGAUCACUGGCUUAGAUGAUUCUGAACAGACCAGUUCCACUACUGCACCAACUACCACGCCAGUUACAAUAGAAGAAAAAACAGAAUUGACUACUAAAUCCAUAAAUAGUGACAGAAAUUUAUUAACACAAAAUUUCCAUACAAUAGAAAUAAAUGGCAUAAAUAAUAGAAAUCCAGAAACAUAUAGUACUAAAAUGCACGAGAUAACUACAAUACCAGAAACUACCCCAAUUAAUACAUUUACCCAGCCAAUAUUCGAAUAUCGGGAAGAGCACGCACCUGAACCUGCGUUACAAUCAAAUACACCGGAUUCGAAUGAAAAAAAUGUUAUCGAACAUAUGCCAACCACAAUCUUUCCAAAAGUACCAAAAAAUUUUGCCCAUAAUGUCGAGCCGUUGAGAGACCCUAUCGUGAAAUCGACGGAUGACGAACAUAUCAUGCUAAUACCAAAAUCCGAGCAACCAGUAGAAAUACAUGCGAUAAUUCCGCAACUCAUUCCAGAACAAAUCACGAAUAAAUCUCUGAAGGCAGAAAACUCGACGACGGAAAUGACUAAUGGAGUUGUAAUAAAUGAAGCUGUAAACAUGAAAAAAUCUACAGAAAAUACCUCAUCUACGAUGCGUUCUGAUGAGAACAUUGCUCAUACAAGUAAUAAUAGACACGCGGUACGUCCUGACGAAAUUCAAGAACAUUCGACGAGUCAUCCACUUCAUCCGGCGAUAUUCCCAGAAAAUAUAGUAGAUCAUUUCACAGGAAAAUCUGACGAUCGGCCAGUUGAAGAUAUGUCACCAUUCUUACCAGACAUUCAAAAAGAGAAAGAAAGCAUGAAGAAAGCGCCACGCUUAGAUAAGGACGAGCAAGAUGUUCCAAAUCCCUUUGAAACUCAUAUCGAUGAUGUUGUAACACAUCAGCCGUUAAUACGUAAUAAUGCAGAUAGAAUGAACAAAACUGAAGCCAAAGAUUUAUGGAACGAUGUUAAUUCACAUUCAUCGAAUAAUAAAAGGAAGAUAGAUAACACGGACGAAAUCACACAGAAUCAUAAAAUAAAUGCGACAGAUAAUAUAAGCAAUAGCAGUAAUGAUAAUAUCAAGAAUAAUUUAAAUUUUAGCAAAAUGAUCAACAAUACAGAAUUUAAAAUUCUGAAUGUGUAUCAAAGCAGUUCUGCACAAUUAGGUGACAAUGAAGGAACAAGAGACAUUUUGGAUCAGAAAAACAGUGGUGUUUCUGAAGAGAAUGACGGAGAAUUGAAAGUGAUUCCAUUAACGGUAGAAGAUAAACCAGUAGAUUCAAUUUCUCAAACUACAAUGCAACCCAUAGAUAAGAAAACAGAAUCUGCUGAAAGUGUUGUAACUUCUGCUGGAAAGAAAGUGAAAGAAGAAAGCAUCGCUAUAGAAAGUGGUGUGACCAGCUCAGAGAAACCAGAAGAAAAUGCUGUCGAAGAUCAUUACAAUGACAUUACAGAUGAAACCUUGUCGAAGGGAUAUCAACACGAUAAUACUGACAUACCGGCUAAAGUUGUAGAGUCAUCCAAGAAAACAAACUUGAAAGAUAUUGAUUCUGCAAAUGUUCCUUAUAAUGGUCCGCUUUCGUUGCUAACUGCAUUUGUAAAGAAAAAGAACGGAACGAACGAAAGAAUAUCUUUUGAAACGAUGCAAAGUCCAAUGAUUACGAAAAUGGAAGGCACCAUAAAUGAUCAAAUGGAAAAUGAUACCGUGACCACUCAAGAACCCGUUUUACCUAUAGAAAUUCAACAAGAAAUCUCCACGACAAUAGCAACCGACAAAAUUGAAAUCACCACCGUAAUCGAUGACGGCAAACAUGAAGAGAAUAAUACGGAAUCGCCAAAUCUUGGCCAAUCCAAUGAAAAAGAAACUAUUACAGCAGCGCAGAUCACAACAACUCAAGCCACGCUGGAAACCAAAACCACAGCUCAAAUCCCGAUCUUACCCGAGGAACUGCAAACAACGGAAAGCGAUAUGCUAACAACAACGCCGAGUGAAGAAAUGCCGAGUGAAGACAAGAAAAUAAAAAUUACGGAUAAAACAGUUUUAACAGAUGAUGUCAAUGACGAGACGAAGAAGAACGCAACCGAAAAGGAGAAUGCUGUCACACCCAACAAUGUAAUGGAUAUGAACAGUACAUCGGAGAGAAGCAUGGCAGCGACAACGGUAUACGAGAAUAACGUGAGCAUAGGAUCUAACCAGAAAAUAGAAUAUGAUGAAAACGGACGAACGAUAGAAAACGCGACAGAAAGUGCAAAACUCGAGACUACCCUUAUGAUGUCCACGACAGAAAAGGAUAUUGUAAGUGGCAUGGAAAGAACCUCGCCUAUUCCCAGAGACGUCACUACGACAGAGGACGUCAGACCGGUCACGGAAGUGCUGGACGACACACCCAUAGAUUAUAGAAUGUUUUUCACCACGAUUCCGCCGAGAUCGAUAUUGCCUGAUUCAGAACUAUCUGAAGAGGCGCUCAGAGUAAUACCGCUGGAGAAGAGUUCAGAAAGCAAGAAAAAAGUGAUCGACAAAAAGGGAUUUGAUAAGUACAAGUAUAAAAAGGAAAAAGAUCUGAGUCUGGAGGAUCAGAACGAGGAUAAUGUAUUAACGGAAAAGUUUGAUCCAAUCGUUCUUUCCCAAACGGAACCGUCGGUCGUUACUACUGGAGACCGCGACGAAUUGAGCGACAGUGUGGUAAGCUCGGAGUUAGAUCCGAAUGUGCCUCGAUUUAUUGUGGCUGACAAGGAAGGUAACAUUUUGCCUAUAUCAAAAUUGAAAAAUACGGGCAGCACGGAUGAAAAUAAGGAUACGAUCGCGGAGACGAAGCCUAAGAACUACCCCAAUUUCAUACCCGUAUCGGAAGAGAUAAUAGAGUCGGUACCAGUCACGGAGCCCUAUGUAAUCAUGCGAAAUCGUCCUAAUCGCCCUAAGAUCGUUAUGGACGACGCAGAAAGUACGACCAAAACGACAAUCGAGGUUCGCGCCGGAGCGAAGGAAACGGCUGAUCGGGAUACCUUUUUCACGGAUCAAUCGUUCAGCGAUACCGAAGAAACGGAAGUACAUCACGUUAGGAAAGGAUCAAACAUGACCGCCCGAACUUUAUCGUCAGAUGUAAAAGCCGAGAGUACCACUGUCAUUAGCGCUAGCAGUACUUCGGGACUUCUAUCUCCUGGGAUAUUCUCGAAAUGUAGUACAGGCCAAUUUCAAUGUAUUAAUGGGACUUCGAGGAACGGUGCGUAUUGCGUGCCGCAAUCCGCCAAAUGCGACUCCGAAAAUGACUGUUCCGAUGGCUCGGAUGAGUUGAACUGCAAGGCGGAAGGUUGUCCGGGUAAUUUCCGCUGCGCCAAUGGACAGUGCCUGAAGAGGCAUCUCGUCUGUAACAAGAUCAUGGACUGCGACGACGGCAGCGACGAGCACGACUGCGAAAACUGGCAGUGCCAGACUGACGAGUUCAGAUGUCCAAACGGAAGAUGCAUUCCGGGAUUAUGGCAAUGCAAUGGUCAACCCGACUGCGAAGGACACCAGGAUGAAUACAAUUGCGCGGAAGACUGCGGCAAUAAUGAGUACCUAUGCCCAACCGAGAAAUGGUGUAUCCCGCAAGUAUGGCGCUGCAACGGAAUUGCCAAUUGCAUUAAUGGGGAGGACGAGAAGCUAUGCGAUUGUGCUCUAGAUCAGUUCAAGUGUCAAACCGGUGGAUGCAUCCCCCGAGUUCAAGUCUGCGACGGCAUCGAGAAUUGUCCAGAUUAUUCGGACGAAUGGGAUUGCCUAAUCGCGAAUACUACAGAUAGAAAUCUAACUAAUGUGGAUACAGAUAGCAACACGAAGAGCGAACUGACGAAUCGCGUGCCAUUUUUGAAAAUAAGACGAUCCGACAGCGAUUAUCGACUAGUCUGUUCGGACGGGUGGAGCGAGGAAUUCAGCGAUUCCUAUUGUCGAACUUUGGGAUUCGCUGGAUCUGACGAGACAAUCGAAUCGUCCGCGUGGAAUAGAAGCCAGAAAAUUCUAAGACUGAAGACGAACCCUAAUUAUCGCCUGCCGCUAGUCACGAAUUUAGAGGAAAUGGAAUUCUGCGUGUCGGACAAGGUCAUACAAGUGUCAUGCCAGGAAUUCACUUGCGGUCUGCAUUACGCGGAGGAACCGACCGCGAGAUUGGCAGGUGGAACACCAGCCAAUUAUGAGCAAUGGCCCAGCGUGGCUUUCUUGAAGGAAUCAGACGGAACCAUGUGUACGGCCAGUAUACUCGGUCCUAUGCACGUUCUAACCAGUUAUUCCUGCAUCAGACACAAGUUCGGAUGGCGACUUUUUACCAAUGAAGAUGUAUUUAGAGGGAUCGGCGUUAAAAGUAUCAUACCUUAUCCUCAAGUGAAGUAUAAUCAGUUCCUGUACAAUAAUGACAUCGCUCUGAUCAAAUUAAUAGAGCCGAUAGUAUUUUCUAGAAAUGUUAGUGCCGUAUGUCUUCCCAGACAGCCUAUCCAGCCGAGACAGAUUUGCGUAACGGCAGGAUGGGGAUUUCUUAUGGGAAACGAAGAAAUUAAUUUGCAACAGUAUCUCAAAUUCUUGCCUAUUCCAACGGAUGAUUCCAAUAAAUGUAACGUCACGAGUCAUUAUGCAGGAUUUAUCACGGAACACGAUAUAUGUGCAAAUAAAGGCCCUUGUUAUGAUGACGAAGGAGCGCCACUGAUGUGUGUUAGUGAAUCGCAAAAUAUUUUGGAAAGAUGGGAAGUUCAUGGUUUAUUAAGUCAUCACAGCAGCUGUUCGAAUAAUGAUCCAGCAAUUUACUCGAGCUUGGAGCCAGCGCUUUCGUGGUUGCGCGAAACAGUGCCAGCUUUGCGAACGCAAAGCUAAAUCAUUAUUAAUUUUUCAAACCGUAUGAAAAAUUAAUAUUUCGUGUUAAAGACGAGAGAAUUACAGUUUUAAUAAAUAAAAAAAAUUGUUCUAUAUAUGCAGAGAGAAAUGUUUCUUUGGAUUUUAACAAAUUUUCUUAAAUCGAAAAAAAUAUGCAUUAGAAUAGUUUAAUCAAAUUGAUGUUUGAAUUAAAAAAUGUAGUUGCGUGACUUUAAAUUUUUGAAUAAAAUUAAACAUACUAGAGAAUUAGAAAUAGUAAUAGUACUAGUACUCAUAUAAAUGCAGUAUAUAAUGGAAUAUAUAAAUGUAAAUCAGAUAAACAGAAAUAUGGAAGGUAAAAGAAAAACAUUUUUCUCUGUACAUAAAAAAAAACUACUGACCACAGAAAACUUUAGAUUCCCUAAUUUUCUUUGUUCUUAAAAAUCAUACAUUUUUACACGUAUUUUUUUUCUUCCAAUUUUAAUGUUCCUAUUGAUAGCAAGAAAGGUUUUUAAUAAUUCUCGAACAUCACAGCCAGCGAUGAAUCAUUGUAAGAAAAACUUAAGUGCCGUUAUUGUUACAGAAAGAUUGAAACAAAUGCGCUUAAAUUUUGUACGAGAAUAUGACAUCUGUAAUGAGAAUCAAAGACAACAAAAUUACUGACUUAUAAUUAAGGAAAUAUUAUGUAAAUACUGUAUAAAGCAAUUGUUUAUUAUGGCUAAUGUGGUAUAAGAAUUUAUUAGUGUAACGGGUCUCUUAAAGAUACAUUUCCACCUCCAAAAUUCUUACUUAUUUACUAUGUUAUUUACACAAAAUUUAUUAUUAUCCUAAUCAAAUUAAAAAAUAAUUUUUGUGAUACUUUGGAUAUUUUUAGUACACUUUAUAUAUGUUAAUUACAAAGUAAUUAUUCAAUAUAAGAGACCGAUACAUAUGCAUGUCCAAUUAAAUAUAAAUCAGCAGUUUGUCUCAGAGAUCCUAAAUAAGGAUUCCUGAAAUGAACCUAAAAUGAAUAGAACUAAGCAAUAGAUAGGAUAAAAUGUAUAUAAUAUAUGACUAUCUUUUAAUAAAAUGCAUUGUUAUAAAAAUUAAACAAUAAAGUAUGUUCACAUAUAUGUACGUAGUUAUUGAUGAAUGCGUAUUUUUAUAUUUCAAAUAAAACUGAUAAAUAAAUGUGUAUUUUAAAAACAG